AUGACAGGGAACGGAGCUCCGGGGGAGAGGAGGAUCCGGGGUAGUAGGCAUACCGUCGGCGAUGACGGAAUUCCUCUGCUGCCGAAGCGGCGGGAAGCCGGCGCGUCCUUCACCGGGGCCGUCUUCAACCUGUCGACGAACAUCGUCGGCGCCGGCAUCAUGGCCCUCCCGGCCUGCGCCAAGGUGCUGGGAGUAGUCCCCGUAUUCGCUAUGAUCCUGCUCGUGGCAUUCCUCACUGAUGCCGCGAUCGAGCUGCUGCUCAGGUUCAGCAGGGCCGGGAAGACUGCGACCUACGCCGGCGUCAUGGAGGAUGCCUUCGGAAGGGCCGGUAGAGUCCUCCUGCAGGUCGCCGUCGCCAUGAAGAUCGUCGGUGUGAUGAUCAUCUACAUGAUCAUCGUCGGUAUGUUUCCCAGUCGAUCACAGCGUUGCUAGUCUCUGGAUGUUAAUCUUGGACUAGUUCUGAUGGGCUCCUGUGUCGAGACCGAUCUAGUGUGAAUUAGGAUUUGCCUGUUUCAGAUUUCGAUUCUAUGUUUCAUUUCUCCCUGAAGUAAAUCGAUUCAGGACUUCCAUGAUUGAAAUCUUUCCCCUAUAUGGUUCCAUUCUUGCAUAUUUGUUGUUCUCGAGGGGUUCCUUUAUAUCCUCUAUAUCUGACGUACGUUGAUGCUGAGAUCAUACAGAUGUUUGACUUCCAAUAUCAAUUGUAGCCCUCAUCUCAAGAACAAGCUGUGCUAAUAUGAAUCCUUCUGGAUUGUAAAUUUCCGAGCACUAUUUCAGAUUUCAAUUUUUUUUCCAGUCACUUUUAGUAUUAGGGCCUGUUCAGCUGGUAGCUCAAGUUUCCUAUGAAUGGUUCUUACUGCUAUAUCUACCAUGUUUCGAUUUUAGGUGAUGUGCUCUCUGGAAAAUCUUCAAAUGGCGUUCAUCACCACGGUAUCUUAGAAGAAUGGUUUGGUGUUCAUUGGUGGACUGGGCGCUUCUUUGUUCUCCUCAUCACCACACUAGUUGUGUUCCUGCCAUUGACAUCCUUUAAACGUAUAGGUAAGCAAGCUCUGAAUGUAAGUAUUCUAUCUGUUUUCUCGGCAUUCAAAUCUCUGUUUUACCCAAACAUAUGUGCUUCCUCCUUGAUCAUCAGCCCUGACGUUCUUGAGAUUUUUUUUCCUCUUCUUCAGACUCGCUGAAGUACACAUCUGCAAUAUCGGUUACCCUUGCAGUAGUGUUUGUUGUGAUCACGGUUGGAAUUGCCGUCGUGAAAUUGCUGAACGGAAGCAUUUCGGUUGCCAGGAUGUUCCCCGAGAUUAAGGAUCUGGCAUCAUUUUGGAACCUCUUCACUGUUGUACCCGUCAUUGUCACUGCGUACAUCUGCCAUUACAACGGUAUGCAACCUCGCAGGUGUCUGUUUAUUUUUCUCAUCAACCAUGAUAAUAGAGCAUUUUAUCGUUGGGAGUUCUACACUAUAAAUUUGGGUUUUGUGUGAUUGAGGCAACGCAAUUCUUCUGUGAUGGGGACUUAAUCUUAUCAGAAUUCACCUUUACCAUCGUCAGAAUAGUUUCAGUCUCACAUUGAAAUUGAUAAUUACCAUAUAUGGUGAUUAAAUGAAUAUAUGGAUCUUAUUCAACUCAUCACCAAUUGAGUUUGUGUUAGAAAAACCGAUUAUUUCUCGUGGACAUAGAGCAUGUGGCUGUGUAUUCGGGAGUGCAUCCUAUCUAUGUCAUUAUAACUCAUUACCAAUUGAGUUUGUGUUAGAAAUACCGAUUCUUUCACUUCGUCUUAGAGCAUGUCUCUGUGACAGAACUUGAAAAGUCAACCUACCCGUGACGCACCAUGGUAGAGCAGUCUCCCACUAAACCUUGUAAUUAAAAUAUACGGACCUGCUCCAAUCAUGUUCAAUGGAAAAUGUUUUCUUUGACACAAAAAUAGAAACCUGUUGCCCAAGGAAAAUGCUGGCAACUUAACAUUCACUGCAAUUUCUUUCCACUUGCAUCAUUUCAUGCAUGGUCAUCUAACUGUUUGGGAAAAUGUCUCUACUCAUUCAGAAUUAAGCUGCCGUUUUGCCAAGAAAUGUGGGUUCAAUGGAAUCUCUGACCAGUCUGUGUCAUUGUGCUUGCUCUGCAGUUCACACAAUAAACAAUGAGCUUGAGGACUCCUCGCAGAUGAAACAUGUUGUGCAGACUUCACUUGCACUUUGCUCCACUAUCUACAUAAUCACGAGCUUCUUCGGUUUCCUUCUAUUCGGAGAUGACACCCUUGACGAUGUGCUUGCCAACUUUGACUUUGACCUCGGAAUCCCCUACAGCUCUCUGGUCAAUGACAUUGUGCGUGUGAGCUACGCCAUCCACCUCGUGCUCGUGUUCCCGAUUGUCUUCUUCGCUCUCCGACUCAACGUAGAUGGCCUCAUCUUCCCUUCAGCCAGGCCCUUGUCGUCCAACAACAGGAGAUUCGUUUUAAUCACUGUGACUCUCAUUAGCUUGGUAUUCUUGGGAGCCAAUUUCAUACCCAACAUAUGGACUGCCUUCCAGUUGACCGGAGCAACUGCUGCAGCUUGCAUUGGAUUCAUCUUUCCUGCUGCCAUUUCCCUCAAGUGAGUCUUAGUUCACUGCAAUUACAUGGGAUUUUAUUGUCCACCAUUAUUUUUAUUUUCUUUUUCCCUCUGGAUUUUUUUUUUACCCUUUUUCCAUAUACCGUAAUGUCAUUUAUUUCCAUCUAAUAACUGCCAUGCCCAUUUUAGGGAUCCCCAUGGCAUUGCAACGAGGAGGGAUAAGCUCAUAUCAAUUGUGAUGAUCUUUCUUGCCGUUUUUGCAAAUGCAGUGGCUGUAUCAAGUGAUGUCUAUUCCAUUUUCAACGAUGACUAG